AUGAUUGACCUUCAGAUGCUCCAGCCCGAAAAGGGCGGCGACCCCAAGGUCGUCAUCGAGUCGCAGAAAAAGCGAGGCGCGCCCCCGGAGCUCGUCGAUACCGUCCUUGCUCUGUACAAGGAGUGGACGACAUUGGACUUCCAGCUGAACCGGCUGCAGAAGGAUGGCAAUGCCGUGCAAAAAGAAAUUACGGCCAAGAAGAAGGCAAAGGAGAGCGCCGAUGCCGAGAUGGAGAAAAAGAAGGAGAUUGAUGCAAAGAUCGCCGAGCUGAAGCCAAAGGUGGCCGAGAAGGAGGCGGAAAUGAGGAGCAAGGCAGGGACGAUCGGCAACAUUGUCGGCGACAAGGUUCCAAUCAGCCAGACUGAGGACGACAAUGCGCAAAUCAAGACCUGGCACCCCGACGGUCCUAACGCCCAGGUGGAAAAGAAGCAGGGAAUUCUCUCGCAUCACGAGGUUAUGAUGCGGCUCGAGGCUUUUGACAUGGAACGAGGCUCCAAGAUCUCUGGUCACCGAGGCUUCUUCUUGACGGGCGAUGGCGUCGACCUCAACCAAGCCCUGAUCAAUUACGGCCUCGAUUUCCUGAGGAAAAAGGGCUACAAGAAGAUCAUGACGCCAUUCAUGAUGCGGAAAAAUGUCAUGAGCAAGACAGCUCAGCUCGACCAAUUUGAUGAGGAGCUCUACAAGGUCACUGGAGAUGAAGACGACAAGUACCUUAUUGCAACUUCGGAGCAGCCUAUCUCUGCUUUCCAUUCCGAUGAGCUGUUCGACAAGCCCGAGACGCAGUUGCCGAUCAAGUACGCUGGCUAUUCGACAUGCUUCCGAAAGGAGGCCGGCGCCCACGGCAAAGACACUUGGGGCAUUUUCCGCGUUCACCAGUUUGAAAAAGUCGAACAAUUUUGCAUCACCGACCCGGCUUCGUCGUGGGACAUGCUCGAGACGAUGCUUGCCAACUCGGAGGAGUUUUACCAGUCACUCGGCCUGCCAUACCAGGUAGUUGCCAUUGUCUCCGGCGCACUGAACAAUGCCGCGGCGAUGAAGUACGACCUUGAGGCGUGGUUCCCCUACCAGGGCGAAUACAAGGAGCUUGUCAGUUGCUCGAACUGCACAGACUACCAGUCAAGGAGAUUAGAGGUUCAAUGCGGCGUCAAGAAGCAGGGUGACUCGAAGAGGAACUAUGUCCACAUGCUCAACGGCACCCUUUGUGCCACCGAGAGGGCCCUUUGCUGCGUCGUGGAGAAUUACCAGACACCAGAUGGGCUCACGAUUCCGGAGCCUCUGCGCCCCUACAUGCAAGGACGCGAUUUCCUGCCCUUUACCCGCGAGUUGCCAAAAGGAACGACUAGCCAGCAAAAGAAGAAGUAGCCACAUCGCCCAUGUUCGUCCUUGUAGACUUGACCCAAGUGGUAGCAAUUUACUUUCUUCCAACGGCAUAAGAACAGAGACUGGGGUUACAGGAACGAAG